AUGAAGAAGAGAAUCACACGCGCCAGUCCUCCGCGCGGCUUCAGUCCUGUUUACAACACCGGACGAAACGAACAACACGAGAAGCCCACAGCGGUGAUAGAGAACGGUGAGGUGAGGCUGAACGGGAAGGGGAAGAAGAUCCGGAAGCCCCGGACCAUCUACUCCAGCCUGCAGCUCCAGGCGCUCAACCAGCGCUUCCAGCAGACGCAGUACCUCGCCCUGCCCGAGAGGGCCGACCUCGCAGCCAAACUGGGCCUCACACAGACCCAGGUGAAAAUAUGGUUCCAAAACAAACGGUCAAAGUACAAGAAGAUCAUGAAGAAUGGUCCUUGUGGAGCCGAGGGAGAUCACCUCGCCCCGCCGCCACCAGCCUCCUCCUCUCCAUGCUCUCUGUGGGACAUCAGUAUGGCUGCCAAAGGCCCGCCUGUCCACUCUGGAGGAUACAUGAACAAUUUUGGACACUGGUACUCUGGACAUCAGCAGGACGCCAUGCCAAGGACUCAGAUGAUGUGACUGACGGAACAGAUGCCAGACCUCUUGGAUCAGUUGUGGAUAUUAUACCAGCAAGCUGAACUGGAAAGUACAUGGCUACAUGUGCGUUACAUUGCUUACAGUCUGAGCCACUUUGGAGGUUAAAUAGUAUUGAGUGGCACAUCCUGCUGUGCCUAAGAAGACAUACUGAGCAACUUCUUGCUGAACACUGCAGCCCUGCCAACACAGGACGAUUAAAGGAGUGCAGGAACUGCCGAAGUGUCCCUUUAUAGCUGUUGCUGAAAUAAACUUAUGGACAUGCAAUGUGUUUAUUUUCCACCAAAAACGUAUAUAAAAAAAAUAAGUUUUUUUUUUUUAGGGCUUUCUAAUAUUUUUUUUAAGAACUGUAAUAAUUCAGUUAACCUACUUGUUUGCGGAUGUGGGCAGUUUGAGGAGCUGAAUGAAAUAAAGAGUUCAUGGGGAGCUGAAGUUUGAGCAUCUUUUUUUUGUUUGCUUAAAAAUCUGGCAUUUAUUGAAUACUGACCCGUUCAAUAAAUGAAAACAUCACUGAAAAGUCCAUUUAUUUCAGAAACCUCAUCAUUAAAUGUAACACAUUAUGUAGACUAGUUACAUACAGAGCGUUU